AUAUAUAUAUAUACGGUAUACCCUUCCCCUUCUUCACUUCUCUUUAUUUCGUAAUUUCAGAGAGCCAUGGAAGGUUCUAGAAGCGCCGCCAUGGUUCUCCUUCUUACGUUUGUGUGCACUAUUCUCUGCGUUUGUAAGAACGUUGCAGCGGAGCUUCCGAGGUUCGAACAUCCGGCGAGAGGAGGCGGCGGAAGCGUCGCGUUUUUGGUUGUCGGAGAUUGGGGAAGGAAAGGACAUUAUAACCAAUCGCUCGUUUCUCACCAGAUGGGGAAAAUUGCAGAGGAUUUGGACAUCGACUUUGUCGUGUCGACCGGCGACAAUUUCUAUGACAAUGGACUGCACGGAGAAGACGAUCCGAACUUUCUGGAUUCCUUCAGCAACGUUUACACUUCCAGAAGCCUCCACAAGCAGUGGUACAGCGUGUUAGGAAACCAUGAUUACAGAGGCAACGCGGUGGCUCAGCUCAGUUCGUAUCUGAGGAAGAUCGACAGCAGGUGGCUUUGUUUAAGGUCCUUCGUGGUUAAUACAGAGAUUGCUGAGCUGUUCUUUGUGGACACAACUCCCAUGGUGGAAGAAUAUUUCACGAAUCCAGGGGAUCAUACGUAUGACUGGCGAGGUGUGUUGCCUGUGAAGUCGUACGUCGCCAAUUUAUUACAGGAUGUUGAGACGGCAUUGAAGGAAUCGAAAGCAAAGUGGAGGAUUGUCAUAGGGCAUCACGCCAUACGGAGCAUUAGCCAUCAUGGCGACACCCGGGAGCUCGUGGACCAGCUUCUUCCUAUUCUUCGGGCCAAUGGGGUGGACUUUUACAUCAACGGCCAUGAUCAUUGCCUUCAACAAAUUUCCGACAAUCAAAGCCCGAUACAAUUUCUUACAAGCGGAGGAGGGUCCAAGGCAUGGAGAGGGGAAAUGGACAAAUCCAACGUUGGAGUCGUCAAAUUCUUUUACGACGGACAAGGAUUCAUGUCCGUAACCCUCGACUCAUCAGACGUCGAGGUAGUCUUUUACGAUGUUUCCGGUAGGGCUUUGCAUAGAUGGACUAUGUCCAAAUUUCUUCUUAGCUCCCUAAUGUAAAAAAUCGAUUUGUAAUUAAUUUUUAUCUUUUUUUUUUUUU